AUCAGUCUUUCGUCCGUCUUCAGUCGUACAUCUGCACAUCCAUUGCAUUCACCAGACAUUCAAAAGUCAACAUACCAACGAAAUCACCAUGCAAUUCCAAGUAUCAUUCGCUCUACUCGCCAUGGUCGUGUGCUUCGCCGCCGCCGAAACAAAGACGCCGACAUCGGCUCAAUCUGCAGACGCCAACCGAAGCAAACGGACAGUGGUCGUCCCGCUGGCCGCCUCACCAUAUGUAGCCGCACCAUACGUGGCCGCACCAUACGCCGCCGCCUCACCUUACGUGGCUGCACCAUACGCCGCCGCCUCACCUUACUUGGCCGCAAGGUACGCAGCCACCCCUUACGCCGCCGCCCCAUAUGCUGCAGUUGCUUCUCCGUACGUCUCAGCUUACUCCGCUUACUCCACCUACCCGUACGUUGCUAAGACCUUGGCUUCCCCGUACACAGCUACUUACUACCCAUGGACGAACCGUCAGACCAGCCACCGAAAUCUAUAUAUACCUAAUGCAACGUUUGAUAAUUGACUUUAAUACGAGUAUCUAUUUAAUAUAGUAACAAUAACCUGUGUGAUAAUGUAUACAACUCUUAAAGAUAUUAAUAAAAAUAAAAAACACUUUUUAAUGUAUUCAAAACUUAUUGUUGUACUUUUUUCGAAAUGUAAAUAAAAAUUCAAUUUAUUUAUUAAACAA